AUGUCACCAAACAAACUUCCUUCUAAUGGUCUUACAACUCCUGACUCCACCUCUCUGCCAAGCACUAAACCACCAUACUCUACUGCAGAAGCAGCAGAGCCUACACCAGUUUAUGGUAUAAAACCCAAACCCAGGUGCAGCCAGUGCCUUAGCAUCUUCCCGACGGAAAGAGCAUACACCAAACAUAUGACUACAGACCACAGCCAGACAAAGCCACAUAUCUGCGGCUUUUGUGGAAAGGGAUUUCAUGACAAGUUUGACCUGAAGAGGCACUACCGAACACACACAGGUGUCGGACCUUACAAGUGCAGCCAGUGUUCACGUUCUUUCACUCAGCGCUGCUCCCUUGAGACACACGUCAACAAAGUACACGAGAUGCCACUCGCCUUCACGUUCAAGGAGCGGCGAGAAAAGAUAUACGUCUGCGAGGAUUGCGGACAUUCUGUGAAGGACGCGUUCGAGCAUUAUCUCCACAUGUGGGUCGCGCACUCACGACUGGCCAAGCCCAAACGUCUUCGACAGAAAGUGCUACACAGGAUAAAGUACAUCCUCAAGGCUCAAAAUGGCGACCGCAACAGAGUCCUUCGCGCUUUCGAGAUUCCUCGUCUUCGACGAGCCAGCACAUCGCAGCAGUCCGCGGACGCCGACAAAUCUAGACCGUGGAUCACCGUUCGUUCGCACGGACAUCCAGGCGAAGAUGAUCAAGUGAGCAUGGUCGUCUAUCAGAGAUCGCAUACACCUUCCGAUGCGAACAAAACCUGA